CUUUACGCAGGCCUCACACGAGCUAGUCACUUCAGCUCUGCUAUACUAGCAUGAUCUUGUCGACGCCGGGAAGUGUAUCGGCUGUAUUUCACGUAUACGUGCUAGCUAAGUAGCUAUGAAAGGAUUUAUCGACUGUCAUUGUCAUAUUUCUGCCACAGAAUUUGACAAUGAUAUUGAAGAUGUCAUAGAAAAAUCUAAACAGGUGGGCAUUUUGGGCCUCGUAGCAGUGGCGGAGCAUGCUGGCGAGUUUGAGAAGAUCAUCCAGCUGUCUGAAAGGUUCCCCGGCUUUGUGUUUCCUUGCCUUGGGGUCCAUCCUGUCCAGGGGGUCCCCCCUGAGCCACAGAGGGGAGCCACUCUGGAGGAUUUAGAUGCUGCCUUACCCCUGAUAGAGAAACAUAAAGACCGUCUUUUAGCCAUCGGAGAGGUUGGACUGGACUUCACUCCACGGUUUCUCAGCAGUGACAAAGGGAAGGAGGAGCAGCGGGAGGUGUUGAUUCGGCAGGCCGAGAUUGCGAAACGCCUGGACCUGCCCCUAAACGUUCAUUCAAGAUCUGCGGGAAGACCGACAAUUCACCUCCUGAAAGAACAAGGGGUGGAAAAGGCCCUUCUCCAUGCUUUCGAUGGGAAGCCCUCAGUGGCGAUUGAGGGCGUGAAGGCUGGCUAUUAUUUCUCCAUUCCUCCUUCCAUAGUCAGGAGUGAACAGAAGCAGAAGCUGGUGAAGCAGUUGCCGUUGGAGAGUAUUUGCUUGGAGACAGACUCACCAGCCCUAGGGCCUGAAAAGCAGGUUAGGAAUGAGCCACGGAACAUCACCGUCAGCGCCGAGUUCAUCGCUAAGGUGAAGGGGGUUCCUCUGGAGCAGGUGAUAGAGGUGACCACGCGCAACGCCCUCCGACUGUUCCCGAAACUGAGGGCCUGCGUCAGAGUCUGACAGCUGAACCGAGAUGGGACAACUGCCGUCCCUUGACAGCAAUAGACGAGAUGAUCUGUCACGACUGAGAUUGCUGGGACAGGGCUCACCAGCUCCCUGAAAGCCAUGAGCAUAUUUUGGUCCUGUAAAGUCAAGGAAAAGUAAUAGAAAGCAAU